AUGCGCUUCGGUCAGACCCUCCGGGUGGCCGUGUACCCCCCCUUCAAGGACCACUACAUCGACUACGCCAAGCUCAAGAGUCUCCUCCGCGAGGGACAGCAGCCCGACGACGCCGCCGACGAAUGGACGGACGAGGACGAGCAGAGGUUCUGCGACGAGAUAUUCAACGUUCAGCUGGAGAAGGUGGCCAGGUUUCAGCAGCAGCAGUUCGACUCCCUCAAGAGCCGUGUCGAGUCUGCCUUUGACAAGCUCAAGGAUCUGGCGCCGCCUGAUACCGCGACCGCUCAUGACGACCACGACAAGGGAAAGAGAGUCGAUGAUGGAAAUGCCGCAGCAGCAGCAGCAGCAGCAGCAGCAGAGCAGGGGGGAGGACAGAGUCAGGGUCAGACCCAGACCCAGACCCAGACCGAGGACGUGUCCCCCGAGAGACUGAGCCAGCUCGAGAGAGAACUCGACUCCAUCACGCAGGAUAUCAAGGAGCUCAAGAAAUACAGCAGCGUCAACUACACCGGCUUCCUCAAGAUUGUCAAGAAGCACGACCGCAAGAGGGGCGACAGGUACCGCGUCCGACCGAUGAUGCAGCUCAGCCUGUCGCAGAGGCCCUUCAACUCGGAGAAGGGAUACGCCCCGCUCCUCAGCAAGCUGUCCAUCAUGUACUUCGCCAUCCGUCAGCACCUCGAGGGCGGUGCCGACGGGCAGCUGCCAGACCUCGAGACCGGGGGGGAGACCCGCAACGGGGAGAGGUACACGGCUCACAGGUUCUGGGUCCAUCCCGACAACCUCCUCGAAGUCAAGACGCUCAUCCUCCGUCACCUGCCCACGCUCGUCUACAGCGACAGCACGGCCAAGGAGGCCGACGGCAACGACGCGCCGGCCGUCACGUCCAUCUACCUGGACAGCAAGAGCUUCGGCCUGUACGGCCAGCAGGUGAGCCGGCAGCCGGAGGCGUCGUCGUCGAUCCGGCUGCGCUGGUACGGCCAGCUGAGCGACAAGCCCGACAUCUACGUAGAGCAGAAGACGGUGGACGCCAGCGGCAACAGCGAGGAGGCCAGGUUCGCCAUCAAGGAGAAGUACGUCAAGGCCUUCCUGGACGGCGAGUACGCCAUGGACAAGUCGGUGCAGAAGAUGCAGCGGCAGUCGCUCCCGGCCGAGGAGAUCGCGGCCUUCCAGAAGACGGUGCACGGCAUCCAGGAGCUGAUCGGGCGGGAGGGGCUGUCGCCGGUGCUGCGGGCCAACUACGUGCGCACGGCGUUCCAGAGCCCGGCCGACGGCCGGGUGCGGAUCCUGAUCGACACCGAUCUGGCCUUCAUCCGCGAGGACGCGCUGGACGCGGACCGGCCGUGCCGCGACCCCGGGGACUGGCACCGCGCCGACGUCGACAGCGGCAACAUGUCGUACCCGUUCGGCCACCUCAGCCGCGCCGACGUGUCGCGCUUCCCGUACGCCGUGCUGGAGCUCAAGCUGAGGGAGGACCCGUCGCGGCCGCGGCACCACAGCCGCCCGUCGUGGGUGGAGGACCUCAUGUCGUCGCACCUGGUGCACCCGGUGCCCCGGUUCUCCAAGCUGGUGCACGGCGUGGCCUCCCUGUUCGAGGACUACGUCAACGACCUGCCGUUCUGGCUCAGCGACCUCGAGACGGACAUCCGCAAGGACCCCCAGGAGGCCUUCGAGGCCGAGGAGAGGCGCCGGUCCCAGCGGGCGGACGACGUCAUGGCCGUCGGCAGCCUCAUCGGCGCCGGCGGCCGGUCCGCCGCCUCGUACCGGGCCUCCAAGAGCUCCCCCGUCGCCCGCUCGUACCUGGAGGACCGCAUGGCGGCCGACGCGCGCAGCCAGCAGCGGCAGCAGCAGCAGUCGGCCGCCGUGGCAGCCGCCGAGGCCAGGACCACGCCGGAGGAGGGAGGUGAGGAUGCUGCUGCUGCUGCUGCUCCUGCGGCCGCUGCCGGCACCGCCCCCGCAGGCUCGGCCGACCGCGGAUACGGCACCCUGUCGUCGGUGAUGCCCAGCUUCUCCCUGUCCAGGUACGCCGUCUUCAGGCGGAGCCAGCAGGAGCAGCAGAGGUCCGGGCUGCCGGAGGGUGUGGUCGAGCCGGCCGAGUGGAUCAAGAACGCGGGCGAGCUCAAGAUCGAGCCCAAGGUGUGGCUGGCCAACGAGCGGACCUUUCUCAAGUGGCAGCACAUCUGCAUCCUGCAGGGCAGCCUGGCCCUCGCGCUCUACUCCGCGGCCGGGGAGGGCACGGUCGCCGAGGCCAUGGCGAUCGUGUACACGGUCCUGGCGGCCUUUUCCGGCCUCUGGGGCUACCACAUGCUCCGCGCGAGGAGGGCGAUGAUUGUGGAGAGGAGCGGAAAGGACUUUGACAACAUGCUGGGUCCGGUGGUGCUCAGUCUCGGCCUCAUGGCUGCGCUCGUCUUCAACUUUGUCUUUCAGUACAAAGCUGCUGCUCAGAGGUGGAGAGAUGGUCACGAUGAUGUCAAUCAGACUGUGAUUCUCGAUGAACUCAAGACGUGA